GAGCGCGCGCGGUGAUGGUGUUGAGAAAGCGAUCAAGAUCCGCGUUGACUUUCUCCUGCUGACAUUACAGAGAGUGUGUUCAGUUGUGAGUAGGUCUGUUUGAGACACGUUUAUUCAGUCAGCACCACAGUUUUACAGUACCAACAGGACUUACCAACAGGGAUUCACUGCGCUCUGCUGGCUCUGCGUUACAGCCAUGGGUUCAAUGUGAGUGAAGAGACAAAAGACUUUUGGAUAUAUAUCAUAUAUGUUUGGCUUUUGGCGUGUUUCUCAAAUGCAAACGGAAAUAUGUGGCAAAGCUUCGUCCUACUCUUAACCGGUUUGCUUGGGUUGUGUUCAUGUUCAAGUUUCCCAAGUAACAUCAACAUAGGAGGUUUGUUUCCAACCGACUCCCAUGAAUACGAUGUGUUCCGUUUCGCCCUCUCGCAGCACAAUGAUGUUCCUAAACUGGUACCACAAGUGGAUAUGGUGGACACGGGGAGCAGCUUUGCCAUGACAUACGCCUUUUGUUCGCAGUUCUCCAAAGGAGUCUACGCCAUCAUCGGCCUGUAUGACAGGAAGACCAUGAACAUGCUGAUGUCGUUCUGCGGUGCUUUGCACGUAUGUUUCGUCACGCCGAGCUUCCCCAUCGACACUAACAACCAGUUUGUGAUCCAGCUGAGACCUGAGCUCCAGGACGCUCUGAUCGCCCUCGUCGAGCAUUACAAGUGGAAAAAGUUCGUCUACAUGUACAGCUCAGACUCAGGUCUGACAGUGUUGCAGAAGAUCUUGGACACUGCGGCUGAGAAGACCUGGCAGGUGACGUCCAUAAACUUUGACACACUGACAGAAGCGGCAUUCCUGAAAGCCAUCCAAGAUCUGGAAAAUAAAAAGGAGUUCAAGAUCAUUCUGGACUGCGAGCUGGAGAGACUCAACUCCAUCUUAAACCUGAUCGCAGCGCAGAAAAAGAACUUGAAGAACUACCAUUACAUACUAGCAAACCUGGGAUUUCUGGAUCUUAAUCUCACUGAGUUCAGGAAGGGAGGUGCAAAUGUGACAGGCUUCCAGCUGAUGAACUACACAAACCCUACUGUCAGCAGGACAAUACAAGACUGGCUGGAGUUUGACAGCAAAGACUUGAAAAGCCCCAAAAGGAGACUCAAGUACACUGGAGCGCUCACAUAUGAUGGGGUGACUGUCAUGGCCACUGCCUUCCAGAAUCUGAGAAAGCAGCGCAUUGAUAUCUCACGCAGAGGGAAUGCAGGAGAGUGUCUGGCAAACCCUCCUGCACCCUGGGGUCAGGGCAUCGACAUCCAGAGAGCCUUACAGCAGGUGCAGUUUGAAGGACUUACAGGACAUGUUCAGUUUAAUGACAAAGGACAUCGAACCAACUUCACUGUCAGCGUGAUGGAGUUUGGCCCAAGCGGACCCAAGAAAGUGGGCUACUGGAAUCAACGUGAGAAAUAUGUGAGCACAGCUACUUACAGCAACAUGCUCAACGAGACGUUCGGACUGCAAAACAGGACCUACGUCGUCACCACCAUCCUGGAAGCUCCAUAUGUGAUGCUGAAGAAGAACCACGAGCAGUUAGUGGGGAAUGAUAAAUAUGAGGGUUACUGUGUAGAGCUUGCGGCAGAAAUCGCCAAACACGUGGGAUAUUCCUACAGACUGGAGCUCGUGGGAGAUGGAAAGUAUGGAGCCAGAGACGCAGAGACAAUGAUGUGGAAUGGGAUGGUUGGAGAACUAGUGUAUGGCAAAGCAGAUGUUGCUGUGGCCCCCCUCACCAUUACUCUGGUCAGAGAAGAGGUCAUUGACUUCUCCAAGCCCUUUAUGAGCUUAGGAAUCUCCAUCAUGAUCAAAAAACCCACCAAAUCCAAACCUGGCGUCUUCUCCUUUCUGGACCCGCUAGCCUAUGAGAUCUGGAUGUGCAUUGUGUUUGCUUAUAUUGGUGUGAGUGUGGUGCUGUUCCUGGUCAGCCGCUUCAGUCCGUACGAGUGGCAUGCAGAUGAUGAAGAGGAAACAGCAGAUCAGCAAAACCAGAACCAACCACCAUCACCAGAACCAAACCAGUCGCCCAACCAGAGUCAGAACCAGCGAGAGGAGAAGCAGGAGAAACAACCGGAGCACACCAAUGAGUUUGGGAUCUUCAACAGCCUGUGGUUUUCCCUCGGAGCCUUUAUGCAGCAAGGAUGCGAUAUCUCACCAAGAUCUCUCUCUGGUCGUAUCGUCGGAGGUGUGUGGUGGUUCUUCACUCUGAUUAUCAUCUCCUCCUACACAGCCAACCUGGCUGCCUUCCUCACUGUGGAAAGGAUGGUUUCACCCAUCGAGAGUGCAGAGGAUCUGGCUAAGCAAACGGAGAUUGCUUAUGGGACUCUGGAUGGAGGAUCCACUAAAGAGUUCUUCAGGAGAUCAAAAAUCGCAGUAUUUGAGAAGAUGUGGUCCUACAUGAAGUCCGCAGAGCCUACAGUGUUUGUGAAGACAACAGACGAAGGCGUCGUGCGAGUAAGGAAGUCCAAAGGGAAGUAUGCUUAUCUGCUGGAGUCCACAAUGAAUGAAUAUAUCGAGCAGCGCAAACCUUGUGACACCAUGAAGGUGGGAGGAAAUCUGGACUCAAAAGGUUAUGGAGUGGCCACACCUAAAGGAUCUGCUCUGAGAAACCCAGUAAACCUGGCAGUGUUAAAACUGAACGAGCAGGGCCUGUUGGACAAAUUGAAAAACAAAUGGUGGUACGACAAGGGAGAGUGUGGCAGCGGAGGAGGUGAUUCCAAGGAUAAGACCAGUGCUCUGAGCCUCAGUAAUGUGGCUGGAGUUUUCUACAUUCUGAUUGGUGGGCUUGGGCUGGCCAUGCUGGUGGCCCUGGUCGAGUUCUGUUACAAAUCAAGAAUCGAGUCUCGAAGGAUGAAGCAAAUCAUCGACGCUGCAAUGCUCAGCUCCUCACUGACUAGGAUGGGUAGCGGAGGUGAGAAUGGUCGUGUGAUGGCCCAUGACUUCCCCAAAGGGGCACAGACUUUGCCAUGUAUGGGCCAGGCGGCCGCCAUGGGCCUCAGCACCACUGGGAUGUAAACAGCCAUCAUCCUCCCCAAAAUAACGGGACAUCAGGAGACUAAUGGAAAGAGUGGAAGAUGAUGUGAGAGACACUGUAGCGUACAUCUCACCUGCCACUGAAGUACUGCCAAAUGGAUUCAUUGACACACUCUGGGCUCCAAACGAAAUUAGAUAAGGAGGGAGGAAAAUUACUUUUCUAAUAUCAAGAUGUGGCUGUUUUUUUUUUUUUUUUGGGAGAUGUUUUGCAAUAAGGAGACCACGUGUGAGGUGUUUUUGUAUGAAGUAUCACUUUUGAGAGAACAGAGUUUUCCUUCAAUUCUACUCAAAAUUACUGACAAUGUUUUUUUGUCGUUUCAUUUCGUUUCAUUUCGUUUUUGUCGUUUUUCAAAUGUCGUUUCAUUUCCCACAAAUCCCUCCAAAUUUCCUGAUUAUGAUCAUGUUAUUGUCUUCAUCUGCCUUAUAUAUCCGACACACAUCUGAAGGACAUUUUAUUUGAAAUAUUUAACCAUAGUUUCACAUCAUUUUUACAGUGUCAGAUAGUGACGUUGAAGUAUGUAAUUUCUGUGUUACUGGCAUACCCACGGCGAAUUGCAAAAGUGUGUUCAUCAUUGACUGGAAAAACAGAUAUUCCUCUCCUAAAAUCACAAGUUGGCUGGGUUAGGAAGUACAUCAUCUAAUGCUUACUACAGUAUAUAAUGUGAAAAAGGGGACAUUUGCAAAUCAAAUAAUUGAAAUGCAGAGCACAUUCAAAAGCUUUACACUCACCAGGCACAGCUACACAAUCCAGAUAAAUGUCAACUAACAUAGCAUCAGUAAAUAUGAAUAAUAGGUGAAGAUAUCAGAGUUCCACGGCCAGACACCACCAUUUUUGGCCACUACUACAGUUGCAUAUUGAUUUGGAAAAGGACGUAUUUUAAGUAUUGCUCCCUGAAAUAUUAUGCCUGUUUCAGAUCUGAUAUGAAUUCAUAUUUCUUUUGUGCAACGCCAAAGAACUUAGUUAGGUCAGGUUUGGAUCAGCACAAGGGUGAGUAAAUGAAUAAUUAAGGCCCAAGUAUUCAAAUUACAUUAGUCAACUUAUACUUAGGGAUUUUAAAUUUAAGGUUACUCUAGUUCUACCUGCGCAGGAUUUGAUGGACUGGUCAAGUGUGACGUGGUCACAUUAACAUCAAGUCACUAGUGUUCCUCUUGAGGUCAGGGGAGUGAGGUUUACCCACAUAUACUCACCACCACCAAUCCUCAAAUCCAACCAGGUCACGGCACCAUAGAGUGGGCACCAAAAUCACUGGUGUGCUUCUUGAGUCUUCCUGUCACAGCUCCUUCUUUCUGCCCUCUGUAACAUUAACCCCCUUAAUCACACUGCCAAUCUACUCACAGACCUGCUUUUACUUGCCUCAUUCUGAUAGUGACUUGAACCAGCAUUUCCAGCAUGGGCAUACUAACAAGAAAAUAUGAAGUCUGGAGACUGUUUUUUCAUGUGGCUGCUGUUUUAAAAGUGCAAUCGAGGCUGCGGUGGGAAGAAACCCAGAAGUAUUGUCUGGAGUCACACGGGAAUGUUGUGCACCUGUCUGUAUAUCUUAUCAGGGAAGAGAAAGUAACACAAAGCUAUAAUUUCACCACCUUUUGAGUGACCUGAAGGUCCAUUCUAAAAGGAUAGUGAAAAUAAAAAGGGAUAUCAGACCUCAUUUUAGUGAAAGUUAAGUGAAAUGACUCUAGUUAGCUAACGUUUUCUUUCCCAAACACACGUUUUAGAUGCC